AAGCUUCAAUCAAAACAACAAGAACCUGUAAUCGUCAAACUAUUAAGUCCCAAAAUUAAGAAUCGUCGCAUAACCACAAACAAAACUAAUCCUGUAUCAAUACACCACAGUCCAACUAUCUGUUUCAUGAUUCUCUUGACUUAGCGCCUUCCAUACAGAUCCCGCCUCCCGUCAAUAGAACUAUGAGCAAUGCAAAAUAACCUGUCAAACGCACUAGACAAGGAUAAACCGACUCGAAACAUGACAUACGCACGCAUGCUCCCUAAAUCAGCAACGGGGGCGUAGCCAAGAUAUUCCGAUAUCUGCCACAUGAAGAGGGGAAAUGAUGAACCCGGUCCGAGCGAGAGAGAUGACAGACUCGAACUUUGCCGAUCGGCAGUCUCACUCGGCUGAGGUUCAGCGUAGCCCUACGAUGAUAUAUAGAGUAGUUAAACCGCGUUGGGAAGUGGCCAGAUUACGGAGACUUUACAGCAUCAAGUCCUAACUCGAUAUCCUGUACGGACGCUAAGCGCUUAAGACUUUUUAAUACUUUCAUAGGAUUUUGUGGAAACCGCUGCGUUUUGCGACUUGGCAGUGAUUUGUAAGAUAACGUCUCCUUUCCGGACUGACAUAUCUUUAUGACGGGAAUUCUGAGUCGUCUUCGAAGAUUUCUGAGGCUGUGUUUCGGAUUUUUGUAGUGCGAACACUGUGAUAGACUGUGAUUUCUGUUUGUGACGAUCCGGUGCAGACGUCUUCCCUUGAAAGUUUCAGCCAAAGAAAUAUGAAAAUAACCCACCACGGCUAGGAAGCACCAAAAGCAACAAUCUACGAAACUACCGACCUCGCCAUGGAGCGCCUGGAAUCACUCUCAGACUCGCAGCUCUGCCUCCAAGAUCUCGUCACCGGUGUGACUACAUCCUCAGCGUCCGACCUGCAUGGGCACCACCACCUCCACGACACGGCGGUGUCGGCCAGUUCCGCCAUCUCCGGAAUCAUGUCCGGAGCGUCUUCGUCGGUCCUCGGGCACCACGUGACUUCGCACGAGACGUCGCAUCACCACGGGGUGGUGCCCCAUACGCCGUCCCUGCACCACGAACCACUGGAGAAGCUGAAACUUUGGGCAGAAACUGGCGAUUUUCGGGACGCCCAUACUGGGAUGUCUGGUUCGACAACUUUGGACCAUCCUCAGCUGCCUUUCCCUGCUUCAGUCAGGAGUCGAACAAGAGACAGGAAAGCAAGCAGAUCUCUGUCGGACCCGAUCAAGACUGAGUCUGGAGUGUCAGUGGAGGCAAACGAAGCAGACGACGGAAAAAACGACAAGAAAAACAAAAGACAAAGAAGACAACGUACCCAUUUUACUAGUCAGCAACUACAAGAACUGGAAGCUACAUUCGCGAGGAAUCGCUACCCCGAUAUGAGCACCAGGGAGGAAAUCGCCAUGUGGACGAAUCUAACAGAGGCUCGGGUCAGGGUCUGGUUCAAGAACCGCCGUGCAAAAUGGCGGAAGCGUGAGCGAAACGCAAUGAACGCCAUGAACGCCGCCGCCGAAUUCAAGACAGGUUUCGGCACCCAAUUCAACACCCUCAUGCCCACCAUCAGCGAUGACAGCUUCUACUCGUACUCGACGUACAACAACUGGGCUACCAAAGUCCCCAGCCCCCUGGGUACGAAACCCUUCUGGCCUGUGGUGCCGACCAACCACCACCAGAGCCCAGUGAACUGCUUCAAUGCCGCGGGAGCCGGUGCUUCAAUGACUGGGGCAGUGAGCUCCAUGCUGCCGGGGGCCAUGGGCUCCGUCAUGACGAGCUCCCCUGGGGCGGUUUCAGCCCAGCCGUGUCCGUACACCACCCCUGCGAACCCCUACUCGAUGUACCACCACAGGAGCGCAGCUGAACCCUGCGCGGCCAUGUCUUCGAGUAUAGCCUCUUUGAGGCUCAAGGCUAAGCAGCACACGGGAUUCGUGGGGUACUCCAGCGUCAGCCCGGUGAGGUCCUCUUCGGCGGGGCUGUCCGCUUGCCAGUACGCAAGCAGCGGCUUGGGAGUGGGGGACAGGCCUGGCUGAGACCAGGAGCAUCCCCUAGGGGUGCACCUGAAGAACGAAGACCAAGACGAUUGACGAGGUAAGGAAGAUUGGUCGGGAGCUGUCGUAGUGGAAUUUUGAGGGCGGCAGUACAGAUCUUUCUUUUUUCUAUCGGUGCUUCAUAGUUGCAAUUGGGAAUGAACAAUUCAUGAAAAAAUUCAGAGUCACUGACGACUUUCGAAGAUCCAUAAAGAACUAAUCAAUAUAUAGGUUCAUAAACCGUAGGAGAUUCAUUUCGAUGACAAAAAAAACAUUAUGUGAAAUUGAAUUUAGUUUUCAGUGAUCCAGAAAUUUUUCAGUAAAUUUAUCAACAAGAAACAGUUGUAGGACAACAUUUAUUCAAUAUUUCCAUUUACAGGGUGACACACUUAAAAUGAAGACAUCCUUUAGCUCGAGUGACAGCCUUAAAUCUAGCCUACUGCGUUCACUGCUAUUAAAUAACGAGACUGGUUAUGAAAAAGGGUUUUAUCAUAAAAUGUAUUCUACAUUCGAAGGCUCCCCUUCAAUAUACUCCCCUUGCCAAAAACCUUGCAAUACGUUUCUUCUAUUGAUCGAAGCAGUGCUGGCAGUCUUCUUUAUUGCUUUACUGCUUCCAUCGACUCAAAUCGGGUCCCUUUCAAAGCAGAUUUUAUCUUAGGAAACAAAAAAAAGUCGCACGGUGCCAAAUCUGGCGAGUACGGCACGUGUUCGAGCACUGGAGUGCGUUUAUCGGCCAAAUACCGCUUAAAAGAUAGCGUGUUAUGAGCAGGUGCAAAAUCCACGAGUUGUUCUUCCACAACUUCGGCCGUUUCUUACGAACUCGUUCUCGUAGUGUUGGCAAAACUGGCAAAUAGUCUGGUUGACAGUCUAAUCCUAUGGAACCCAUUCAGUCAUCACGAUACCGUUAAUGUAGGAAACAACGAUCAACAUUGCCUUUAAUUUUAAUUUGGACAUCAUUGCUUUUUUGAUUAUGUACGAUUCAGGCGCCUUCCAGUGCAUCGAUUGCCGCUUUGUUUCAACAUCGUAUUGUAUAAUACACGUUUCGUCGCAAGUAGUUUUUCAUCAGUCCGGGAUCUUCUUCUAACCUUUCAAGGAAAUCUGAGCAGACCUGUUGACGCAAGAGUCAGGUUUUUUGGCACCAAAUUUGCACAGACUUUUGUCAUGUGUAAUUCCUCGCGUAAAAUUUUUCUAAACGUUUCUUUAUCGUCGUUUACAGCCUUGGCAAUCAUCUGGAUGCUCAAUCAACGAUCUGCACGAACAAUUUGGUUGAUUUUGGUCACUGUUUACGGAGUUGAAGCAGUGACAGGGCGACCUGGGCGCUGGUCUUCUUGGCUCUCAUGAUUACACCGCUCAAAAACAUGCGCACGAGAAAAUUAUAGCACUCAGUUAGAGUUUUUCUCAAUUCAACGAGAAAUUUGAGAUUGAUACGUGGCUUCUGUUUUUCGGUCCUUGUAUAUUAAUUCGCGUUGAUGAUACCGAAAUUAGUUAUUUGAAAAAGUUACUUGAAGAUUUAUUUUGACCGUACAUACCAAAUUUCAACGCAAAAUUCGAAUUUUAUUUAUUUUUUGUCAUUUUCAUAUUCAUGUCCGAUUUUUUGUUAAUGGUUCUAAAUAUGACGAUAAAAAAAGGAUAAAUUCCUUAUAAUGUAGGAAUGAGAAUGAAAAACCCGAUAUUCGUUAUGGAAAAUUUAAAAUUUUGAUUAUUUAGAUACUAAAAAGCCACAGACACAUCGGUUGAAAAUAAAUGAAAAUUAAUGAAGCGAAUUCAACAGGAAAAGAAAUUAACAUUAAUAUUGGAAGUGAGUUCCAAAUUAUUUCAAUACAUUCAUUCAUUAAUUGAAAAUCGGAUUUGAAUAUGAAAAUUACAAAAAUAAUUCAAAUUUCAGGUUGAAAUUCAGUUGAAAUUAGGUAUGUAGUGUCAAAAUCAAUUUCCAAGGUUGAGGCUGUCACUCGGGCUAAGUAUUACAAAAAGUGCGGCACAUAAAGGUCUACGACUGUACCCAAAAUCGAUUCCCUGCUUUAAAAAAUGACUGAACUACAAAAUUGUCUUCAUCUCAAGUAUAUCACACUGUAUUAUUGAAUGUUUUUAUUGAAUCACAUCACUCUAUUGGAUUCUUAUCGGUAGAAGUCGGGAAUCACCACCACAGGAAUUUUCAAUUAUUCGAAUAACAAAACACCACUGAUGUGUAUCUCGAGAGUUCAAAAAAUUAUUGUACAGAAUUAUAUUCAACCUAACCAUUCGAUUAGAAAUUAUUUUCAUAACUCAGUUCUUUAUUGAAACCGAUCAUAUUGUUACGGAUACCAAAAUUUACAGAAUGCUCCCUAUUCAAUUCAAAGAUUUAACAUUUUUUGUACUGCAUCAGAUCACUAGAACUUGAUUCCAUCACGAAUGUUCAUUUCGUGGUUCAGAAAAGUGAAUUUCGAUUGCCUAUAUCAACUCGUUCCCAAAUUUUAGUUUCAUCCUGAAGCAUAGCCUUCAUUAUUUUGUCAUAUACAAACAGGCUCAUAAAGUUGCGUAAGAAACAACUUUCAACUUUAGUUGAGAAAUACAAAUUCUGUAUUUUUUCAGACAAAAUAUAAUUUUCCUGUUUGUGCAUAUCAUUAUUGCUUAAAUUUGAAGUGAGUCUUAAUAAAAAUAUUUCAUAUGUCUAUGUCUUUGACAGUGAUACUCUUACGAUUAUAUGUACAUUCCCAGCAAUUAAAUUUUCUAGAAUAUCUUGUACUUCCAAAACUUCUUUCAGUUUUUAUUUCAAUGUUCUUUUGUUCUUCAAUCACGAAACUGAAUUUUUUGAACCCAGCACGAUUCAAUAUAGAGAGCUAGAUCUACUAUUGAUGGUAAUCAAUGUUCGAAAACAUAAUUCAAAUGUGGAGCACCCUGUAGGUUCACAAAUUGAGUGGACAUAGUUGGAGACUGGCUGUAAAUCAAAAUAUCUGAAAGAACAAUUCGUUCUACACUGUAGAUUAAUGGACUGACAUCUAUCAGAAAAAAUUUCGGAUAUGCGGUUGUUACCUCGUUCACAGGCAGAUGGGGAGAUGACAAACACGGUGUUUGUAGUUCGCUUCAGCCUAGUUCGAGAAAUGAUACUUCGAAAGGAAAUCGAUUUUCAUUUAUCGACAUCAUGAUGACGAUAGAUACUACCUUGCGCUGACGAGUGGCCAAACAGCCCGAAACCGGUCUGCAAGUGUGUUCCAAUAAUUCAAAAUCGAUUCCGGCAGUUGU